AUGUCUGCGCAGAACGAUAGUACCUCCCCAAUCGUGGACGGGGUUACGCACCAACCGUAUAUCCCAUAUAUUGUCGCCUUCGACAUCAUCCAUAUCGCUGGUCUUAUUAUCAUUGGAUCGACCGUCCUGACAGCAUGGCUAUCCCCGCGUAUCCGGCGAGGUCCUAUGUGGUUUAUGUUCGAAAUCGCCUGGCUUAGCGCCCCGAUCGGACAUCUUCUCCUUCUCGGCCAACAGACGGGUCCACCGCCUUCUACGGGCUAUUGUUUAUUUCAAGCAACGUUCGUCUAUGGGACACCAGUGUUCUACGCCUGGUAUGCGUGUUCCUUUAUGCUUCAUGUGUAUCUAUCUCUUCGACGGACAAUGGGCGGAUAUGCUGCAAUGCCCAAGAAAUAUUCUGCGUUGUUUCACAUUCUUCCGUGUUCCGUUUUCUUCCUCAUAGUUUUGGAAGUGGUGAUUUACGGGCUGCUCCACAAGUCGUCAGUCGAAAGAGACCCAUCGGGGAUGUAUUGCAAUAUUCGCGAUCGUCUACCAAAUAAAAUCACCGCUGGUUUCAGCAUAGUGCCAAUUAUUCCCCUCUUAGUUAUUGAAGUCCUUGUGUACCGCGCCAUUCGUCAUCAUACCUGGCGAGAAGCCGGGAAGACGAACUGGCGGAAUGCCGAUCAUCUCACUCCCGAAGUCGUCAUGCGGGUGCUGAUCUUCGGAGUGUGCCCGAUAGGGGCGCUGAUCAUCGGAAUCCUUCAGUACUUUGCAUGGGAUACUGACCAUGGCGGCGCUGAACUGAACCUUGGAUUGGCAAUGCUCCCGACUCUCGUGGGUCUGAUUUUUGGAACACAGAAGGACAUCUUGCGUGUUUGGAUGUUCUGGAAGAAAGAUACGUUAACCAGCAGCAGCAGUGUUGUGACUCUGUAA